GGCCGCAGGUCUUCGUUGAACAUUCACCUUCCUCGUUCAACGUUGUUCACAGGCGGCACUUAUUUCACACAUUGUGGACCCUUGCUGCAUACCACGACGUCAGAAUCAUGGAAAUAUCAUCUCGCGACACCUUCGUGGCUCCUCGUUCGUCGCAGAAGCGACAUUCAUCUUCACCAUCACCACCUUCUGCUCGUACAACCCUUUCUAGACUUCAUUCCCAUUCCCGCAGCCUCGAUUUGCAGCACGAUACUGCGCUUCGCUCCAGCAAGGCUAGUUCAUAUUUUCCGACACCAGAACUAGUGAUCAAUCGCUCCAACAAAACGUCUCGCAUAAUGUCUAGCGUGAGGAAGUCACUCUUCAUUUCUCACCCCGCUACACAGAAUUCGAAGAAGCAGUUGCCUAUCGAUUCUGCAAAUGCUAUGAGCAUCUAUUCUACUCCUGCAGAGCGGACUAUUCAGCAUUCUACAAGAAUUAAACGACAGGACCCUUAUGCGUCUCCCCCGUCUAUUGAGCAGAUAGCUAUGGGUCUUCACAUAUCUCGAACACCACAUCUUCGUCCUCCACCCGUAUCAAACAAUCUCUUCCCGGGAGAUCAUACCCCGAUUCCCCUACCCCCUCCUCCUUCUCGCUCUGCGAUGAAAAAAACUGGCCAACCAAAUUCAUUACCCCCUUCACUCGAUCCUCAUUCAGUCUCCUCCACGACCAUUGCCUCUUCCAAUCUUCCUCCUACUCCGCGAUCCAAUCGCUCACUGCUCUCCCUCAAGUUACGCAUGUCGCGUCUAUUGUCCUCUAACCAAUCUUCUUCCAUGCCACCUUCGACAUUACCAUCACCUACUGCAUCUUCUCAAGAUACUGCGACGAAUUUCGUGCCUCCUAGGAAGGCGGUACGCUUUUCAACGUCGACCUUGGACUUGAGCGGUCGCGAUGAACAAUAAUUUGCGCAUUUCGAAUUUUCCGUGUCAUCUGGUGUACCAGUCGACAUAUUAUCAUUAUUGCUUAUUUGCAUUGUUAAAGGACGGAAUUGCUUUAGAUUGGCAAUACGCUUCGAAACACUCGCGUCAUUCCACAUGUAAUGUUUCUAUGUUACAAUCACAUCUUCAUGUAUAUCUAUCACGAUGCUACUGUAGUACUACCACGUACACAUAUUUCAGAAAUAGUUUUAUCCAUAAAACGUUCAACCUGAUUCAUGGCCUGGACUGCACUAUGUGACGUAAUCUGCCCAAAAUUUGUUUCC